AUGAAGGUGGCGGUGGCGGGGUGCUGCCAUGGCGCCCUGGACAAGAUGUACGAGACGCUGGAGCUGCUGCAGCGGCGGCACAACGUGCGGCCCGACCUGCUGCUCUGCUGCGGCGACUUCCAGGCCGUCCGCAACGAGGCGGACCUGCGCUGCAUGGCCGUGCCCGCCAAGUACCGCCACAUGCAGACCUUCUACCGGUACUACUCCGGCGAGAAGAAGGCCCCGGUCCUCACGGUGUUCAUCGGCGGGAACCACGAGGCGUCCAACCACCUGCAGGAGCUGCCCUACGGCGGGUGGGUGGCGCCCAACAUCUACUACCUCGGUUACGCGGGCGUGGUGCGGUUCCGCGGCGUGAGGAUCGGCGGCAUCUCGGGCAUCUUCAAGUCUCAUGACUACCGGAAAGGCCACUUUGAGUGUCCACCAUACAACCAGCAAACAAUUAGAAGCGCUUACCAUGUGAGGAAUAUUGAAGUCUUCAAACUCAAGCAGUUAAAGCGUCCAAUUGAUAUAUUUAUGUCACAUGACUGGCCAAGGAGCAUAUAUCACUAUGGAAACAAGAAACAGCUUCUUAAAAUGAAGUCCUUCUUCCGUCAAGAAGUGGAGAGCAACACAUUAGGAAGCCCUGCUGCUUCAGAGCUUCUGCAGCAUCUGAAACCCACCUACUGGUUCUCGGCUCAUCUUCAUGUUAAAUUUGCAGCUUUCAUGCAACACCAGACAAACUCCAAAGAAGAGCUGCCAAAAGCAACAAAGUUUUUGGCUCUGGAUAAAUGCCUGCCACACAGAGACUUUCUGCAGAUAAUAGACAUAGAGCAUGAUCCUAGUGCAGGUGACUCGCUGGAGUAUGAUGCUGAGUGGAUUGCAGUCCUCAAGGCCACCAACAGUCUUGUUAAUGUGACGCAGAGCUCAUGGAAUAUGCCUGAAAAGAAUGGCCUCCAUGCCAAGUGGGAUUACAGUGCGACAGAAGAAGCCAUCAAAGAGGUGUUAGAAGAGCUGAAUCAUAACCUCAAAAUUCCUUGUAACUUCACAUUGACAGCUGCUUGUUAUGAUCCCAGCAAGCCCCAAAAACACGUGGAACCGGUUCAUACCAUCAAUCCACAGACCACUGAGUUUUGUGCCCAGUUUGGCCUCACUGACAUCAAUGACAGGAUCCAGCAAGCUAAAGAAGAGGGCUCAGCACGAGGCGAAUAUGAAGAGGAGGAGGAGGAAGAGGAGAUGGACAGUACUGGGUCAGCAGAGGAACCCAGUGAAUAUAAUACAGAUAAUUCUGGACUUUCAUCCAUUAAUCCAGAUGAAAUAAUGCUGGAUGAAGAAGGUGGCGAUGAAGACUUGAGUACAUGUUCUGUAGAUCCUUCCCCUGAUCAUCCUCCUGACUUUUCUGCAAGUUUUUCUGACAUCCGGAUCAUGCCAGAUUCCAUGGCGGUAUCGUCUGAUGAUGCUAUGGAUUCUACUAACGAGGAACUGGAGAAAUCUGCUGUGAGUAAGCAGGUGGAAGAGAAGAGCUUAAAUGAGAGACCAUUAAAGCGCAUUGGUGGUAAUGAAAAUGGAAACAGUGGCAUUAAAAAAAUAAAGAGAAGGAAUCAAGCUAUCUAUGCUGCAGAGGAUGAAGAUAAAACAGAAUAAUACUUCAUAUGAUGUAUAAAUAAGUUCUCUCCGUACCUUUUUAUGGGAAGGUGGUGAGAACUGUGGUGGACUACUCGUGCUUUUAACCUUACUUGAUCUUAUUCAUGUUACUUUCUUAUGCUGAAGAGGCUGUAUGUACCUCUCGCAGGGAAGAAGAUUUAUCCAGAUUAAACACCUAAGUCAGAAGCAGACUUUUCCAACAAAAUACUUUGUCAAAGGAUUUAAAGCUCAUGUAUAAUCAGUUGAUUUUGCUUCGGUUCUUGGUUAUUAGUGUAUACUACGUAUCUUCAGCUGUACUGCUAUACAAGAUUCACUGUGCUUGUUUAACAAGAAAAGAACUCUUAGAUUAUAACUCAAGUCGAAGUGAGAGGAUGUCUGACUUACAAGACUGAAUGAUUUGAUUUUAUUGCUUUUGUCUUGUUUUAUACUGAACUUUUAAUACAAAGUAGCAUAUGCAAUAACUCCGUGAACUAAAUUUGAAAAUAGAAUUCCCAUGGUAACAAAACAGCAAUAGAAGAGUGAAGAUUUUUGUUUCUGGUGAUAUUCAUGCCAUAGAAAAACUUUAUGGUCAUAAACAAAACAAUGUGUGUUGUCCAGUAUUGGCUUUUAAUUACAGUUUUGAUAGAGAACCAAGUCGCUUAAUUUGAAGCAUGACAGUUUUACGGGAACCAUGGAAGAGUGCAUCUCUGCUCUUAAAAACUCACUUGUGUGCUGUUUCUUAAAACUUGAGAACCAUGUCUUAAAAUUAAAAUGCAAGUAGUUAGGAUGAACAGCUUCCCAAACGUGGACGUCAUCACUGUCUCAAUUCUUACUAAUUAAGGCUGUGUUGUAUUUUCGUAUAAGGUGGUUGAUGCUUAUAAGUUGCUUGAGACAAUAAUGCCUACCGUUAUCAUUAGCCUAAGUCUUCACCUGUCGCUUCUUUUCAGUAGUGUGUAACUUGCUGAAUUCUUACAACUGGAUUUGGAAUCUUCCAAAGUACCUUCAUAAACUUCAGCUGAGGGAGAACAGGAGUUGCCAGAAUAUAGAUCCUCUUGGAAGUUGGAAGUUUUCUUUUUACUGUUCUAGUUUGCCCUGAAUUAUUAGCAAACAAAUUACAGUCCUUUGGCCUAAAAGGCUGUGAGGGUAACAAAACUUACUGGACAGUGUUUUCAAGAACUAUAGCGUAUGUCAUUAGACUCAUUAGUCUUACAGUCAAGUUCUGCUGGCGUUGUGUGCUGAGCUUUCAGAGUCCAGACGGAGCGGGAUUUCCUCAUGACUGUGCUGCCCUUGAGAGCAGAGGUAGCUCCUGUUUGCUUUUACUCCUCUCAGGCACAGGCACUGUGGAGAAGAAAGCAUCCUGACAGGAAGAGGGAAGUGGACAGGGAGCCAGGAGUGAAAUGCGUCGGUGGCUGUGAGUUAUGUAGCAGGGAAACACUUUAAGGUCAAGACUUCCGUCUUUAAAAUCACUUCCAUGUUCUGGGAUUCAUCUUAGUUCCUCUCAUGUCAGCAGUUCACUAUGAAAACUAAAUGUGUGUAAGUAUUCCAGAGCUAGAAAAUGGCAAAAUUAAUGCUCUCCAAAGUUCUGAUUAACAGCUUUAUACUGGUGGGUUGAUGCCAUUAACAUCCUGUUUUUUUUCCAGAGGAUGCUAUCUUGUUUAUUAAAUUAUUAAUUGGGCCCUCUUAAUACUGUUCCUGUAUCUCUCUCUGCCUGUUCGUCUGUCAGAAUACCCACCAAAGAGAACUGUGGUACAAUGUGAUGAAAAAUUGGAAGUGUUUGGUGUAACCCUCAGGUUAUCUAAAGUAGCUGUGAACUAUCAGCUAGAUUACUGAAGAUAGUUGAGUAUCUUUAAGGGUCCUGGGCCUGCAAUGCUAAAAUCUUAAGCAUGCCUCAUGAUCUGGAAAUAAAGUAUUUUAAGUAUAAAUUGUGUUAUGAACUUGAAAAGUCUCCCAAGAAAUCUGCACAUGGUAUUCAGCUGUCGGAUUCUACGUGAACUGGAGUGAAAGAUGUGUGCUACAUGUAAUAGACUUUUUAGACUGACUUCAUAUGUUUUUAAAGCAAAUUAUUCUGUCGUGUGUUAUUCUCUUUCUGCUAAAUGUGUUUUGGCUUUCUAGAAAGCAGGAGACUUUAACAAGAUAGAAUACUGAUUUUUUGCAUCUUUAAAGAUUUUUUUUUUUAAUGAAGUAUUUCAGCAUCCAUUGAACAGAGUGCAGCUGGUAAAUAUACUUAACAUAACUUUUUUUUAGUACAAACCAUGUCUGAGCUAUAUAGAGUUAUUGUGCCCUUUCUUGUAGUUGUUCACACCCUCUUUGCAGUUUGAAGUGUCCAGCUGUACUGUGCUCUCGUCCGUUAUGGAUUUUCCCUGUCAGCAAGAUCCUCUGCUGCAUGUAGAACUCCAUUGAAGCUCUGAACCUGAAGCUUCCCCAGUAAAGACAACCAAAUACUCCAAAAAGUAUGUAAAACUCUAGGGAAGGCUGACAAAGUUUAAUCAAUUCUUAAGACCCAGAGUCUUCAGUCCUCUUUAAAAGGAAGCUUUAAAGUCUUUCUGAAAACUUCUGACUUCUGAAAUUUUGGUGAGAAACAUCUGGAAAAUGUUUAUCUGUCAGACCCUCGUAUCACAGAUUUUUCAGUAUGUGAGACUUGCACUGAGUCUAAAAAUGUUUUUGCUGUUAUCUGUAAAGUGCUUGAGAAAAGUGUUCACCUCUUUCAUUCCAGGACAGCACACAGGUGUUUUGUUCAAAGCUUGUUCUUAAUCAGAGAAAAACAAACUCAGGAAAGGA